CUAUCUUGAAAUGGAGUUUACUCUUCUGUUUCCAAUGAGGUUUAAAUCCUUGUCUAUGAGCUUGACUGAUGAUUGAUUGAUUGACUGCCAUCAGCUGGGCUUGGGGAUUGCUCCUCAGCUGGUUUGUGUGCGUAUCCAGGGGCAUGCAAGCAAAAGAACACGUAAAAACUCUCUGCACAGUCUAAUCACACACACCUGAUCCAGCUAAUCAAGCUCUCCAGGAUUAAACUCCCAAACAGGUGUGAGCUGGAGCUAAACUGUGCAGAGCUGAGGCCUUCCAGGAAUUGAGGUGGAGAUCUCUGAUAUAAACCUACACGUGAAGACGAUCAAGUUAAUUAAAGAACAGCGAGGACAUGAGUCAUCCAGAACCCUGCAGAAAAACAUGUGAAGUCACUGAAAAACAAAGAGACCCGGUUAAAGAGAAUGAAGAUGGCGAACAACUGAAUGAAGCGGGGGAAAAACAUCCUGUCAAAAGUGGAGAAAGUAAGUUUUUGCUGAAAAGAAGAGCCAAAAAAUCUUGCACCUGCUCUCAGUGUGGAAAGAGUAUCUCCUGCAAACAAAAUCUUAAAUUUCACAUGAGACUUCACAGUGGUGAGAAGCCACACGUGUGUGAUCAAUGUGGGAUGAGUUUUGCCCGAAAAGACUCUCUUAUUACUCACAUGAAAAUACACACUGGAGAGAAACCGCACGCAUGUGAUCAGUGCGGGAAGAGGUUUGCACUGGCAAGAACUGUCAGAUUACAUCUGCUUUCUCAUUCUGGAGAAAGACCCUAUACCUGUAAUCAGUGUGAGAAAAGCUUUUCUUAUCCAGAUAACCUGAAGAGCCACCUAAAGGUUCACACUAAGGAGAAGCCUUAUGUGUGUUCUCUGUGUGGAAAGAGUUUUCCACGACUGGGUGCUUUUAAAUUACACCAGAAAAGACACAGCGGUGUGAAAGAGCAUAUGUGCUUUGAUUGUGGGAAAACCUUCUUUACACAUGAUCAACUGAGACGACACCAGAUGACCCACAGUGGAGAGAAACCUUACAAGUGUUCACAAUGUGACAAGGCAUUCUCUCGUCCAGAACAUCUGAAAAGACACGAGAUGACCCACACUGGAGAAAAGCCACACAGUGUGGGAAGUGUUUCACAUGUGUAAAUGCUCUUAAAUCACAUCUGCUUUCUCAUUCUGGAAAAAAGACCAGUGU